AUGACAGAUAGGAAGCUCCUUCCUGUGCAGGCCCAUCCCUUGGGCUGGGCUCAUAUGAAAGGGCAUUGGUGGCAGUUUAUAUUCAUCGGAGUUCUGCUGCUAACCGUCACCAUCGGAACCGUAUCUAUGAUAUGGUCCGGCACGAGGAGACUUAUUAACUAUUACAAGUCGAGACCGCCGUCAGACACCAUUUCCUCAAGUGUUUCUCAGCGCCUGAGUCAGCUAGCCAACCGUGAUCUUAACCUUAUUCAUACUCGUGCACGCAAGGGAAAGCCCUCAAGCUUCGGCGUAUACCUUGGUGGCUUCGAAAACCCGCCGACUGCCUCUCAAGAAAGACUGCUGCAAGAGUGGGAUGUUCUUAUCGUUGAUCCCUUCCAGCCCGGUGUUUCUAAGGCUAUCUCCGAGCAUGAGCGCAGUCAAAUGCUGGGACGUAUUGAUUUCGCCCGAGUCGUUCCCCCGAAAUCCUCUGCCCUCACCGUCAUUGAGAAGGUUGAGGAAUUACUAGCAAGCGGUUUCAGCGAGACAAAGUUCUCUGGCAUUUUGCUCGCCAACUGGGAAGAUGUUAUCUCCCCUUCUGUUCGCAGAAAGUUGUUAGAAACCAUCAGCAGCCUCGGCUUGGCAGUCUACCUCGAGUCGGCACCUCCGCAUUUCUUGAAAGACAGAAAAGCUGUUCAAACCGAUGCCGUUGCUGGUCUUGUGAUUCGCAAUGCCAGCGUCAUGCCUGAGGGCGAAAAGCGUGACUACUUCGCUAUGGCCGAACUUCAAUCAACUAUCAAGGCAUUUGUCUCCGAGUCUUGCAUGAGAGACUUUGUUGUGAUGGCUUGGGAAACUAUCGAUGAUAAUGUGACUGUGACCAAUGCAAUUGUUCGCCGAUCUCUUGGAUGGACCAGCUUCUACAGUGCCAUCACCUGGAUUGGCUCUGAAGCUGCUCUGCAAAAUGCGGACCUGAAUAUCACCACUCUCGAGCCUCUCCCUGCCUUCGGAUGGUUGAAGGAAGCUGAUAUUAUGAAGGCCCAUGAUACCUGGCGUUCUAACUUGAACAUCCUGCCUUCUCCUGACAUGAAGGAUGGUUGGGAAGCUCUCCAGCCUCUCUUCCCUGCUGUAAACGAACUGCGUGACUCCGAAGAAUAUAACUCCAAGGCCCCCGAUAGCCCGACUGCUCGACUGCGUGAUCCGCCUGAGUGGGUUGCCCAGGUCAAAUCGCAAGGUAGCCCUCUCUCGGUCUCCAUGUCUGGAAUGGCAUAUAACUCUCUCGGAUGUUUCCCUCUCGGUUCCGACUCAUCGCCGAUGGUCUUUGCGGAAAUUGUUCAGUCUCAGCAACGUCUUAAGUCUCUCAACCUGCUUCAUCCCGUUCCAACGACCAAGAUCCAGAGCAUCGGUCUUCUCCUUCGCCAAUUCCAUGACAGCCUGGACCUCUCCGAUGAUGAAGACCAGCUUGCCAAUUCCGUCAAGGAACUUGCUAACUGGGCCUCCAAUGAUCUCCUGCAUGUGAACCUGGCUCUCGAUUCGGGUCUACGCAAGAGUUCAGACUUCCGCUUCUGGGCUGUCUUCGAAAUGGAUGCCGAGGGUAUCGAAAUUUACGUGUCCAAGAAUGCUCAGGGUCUUGCUGGAACUAUCCUUCACACUUAUCUGUCGGCCAAGGGAUUUCCUAGACAUGUUUGCUUUGAAGCUGAAGCCACCUUUGCGACUUGGUCUAAGGAUGUUUCCGCCGAAACUGGUCUCCCCCGACGUCUGAUUCAGGAUAUCGAUGUUCUCACCCCCGAAGAGCGGCUUCUUAUGCUGCAGCAUCUCUCUUUGACUGAUGUCCACAGCGAGCUGGUCGAGGUAAUCUGCGCAUAUAUCCGCAAGCAACUCAUGGACUCUCCUUCGUUCGCCCUGUUGAAAGCUCACAACACGGUUGGAUAUCUUGAUCAGUCUAUUUCAUCUCAGGAAUUGAUCAGAUCUCGUAUCGAAUGGUACCGGGAUCAAGGGUGCAAGCAUCCUUCACUCAAGGCCUCUAUGUCUCUCUUCAACCAAGUCGACACUGUGCUUGGUCAGAUUCUCAGAGUGCGCCGUGAAGAUGACCUCGCUGCUAUUACCAAUGGACUGUGCUCCCUUCUCAAGGGUGGCUCUGUCGACGCAUAUGUCGACAUGAUGGCCCUUGCUCUUUUCUGCGCUGCGAGAAAGGGUGCCUUUGACGAAAUCUACCAGGAAGUGACCGAUCGUAACCCUUUGUUCAACAACCAUUCCGAUCAAGCUGCGGCCUUUGCCGAGUCAUUCGCUCUUGGCUCUCGAUGCGAGGCUUACUUCGAUUGUUCUCCCAGUGUUUUCGGUAGGCUGUUGUCUGAUCGGUUCAGAGCUUACUACAACCAACACCAACCCCCCAACUGGGCCAAUGGUGCUCCGCAGCUUGCUACAUCUUAUGCUGGGGCUCAGAUUGAUGUCAACCCAGAUGAGCAGCCCAAGGUCAUGCCUGGUUACCAACGUUUCACCUUCCUGAGUGUCUUUGCCAUUCCAGCCCUGAUCGAUAUCAUUCUGCUCACCAUGAUCGGCCGUGGUCUAUAUCUCUCUGCUGCCAUGACCCAUGAAGAACAAGACAGUGCGACGAUGGCUCUGAUGAUAUCCCUGUUGCUUUCCGGUGCUAUUGGUACCUGGAUCGCAUGCGGUGGUCCUUACUACCUGAUCUCGAUGGCCUUCGCAGCUGCUAACAUGUUCGUUCUCAUCCGCUUGAUUGCAGGUAUUGCUUUCACUAUCGCCGGUGGUUUGAUUGGUUUCGUUGCAAUCUCAGCUGUCAGAAGCCCUCGAGCUGGUAUAAUCUUCUAUUUAUAUCUUAUCGCUCUGACAAUCUAUUUCUCAACUUUCGCCUCGCUCGCCAGUUUCAGUUACCCCGGAACGAGCUUUUUGUCUGGUCGCAAGUCGAUUAUCUUCUGCAUUCCAAUCCUGUUUUUGUCGCCGAUUAUUACCACGUGGGCCGGCAACGACUCAGCAAUCUAUCUCGCCAUCAUCUAUAUCUUCAUUGGGGUUCUUCUGCUCUGUCUGCGCAAUGUUACCUCCAAAUGGGUCACCUGGUAUCAGGACAUCCGCCGCACUGACGACACCGAAAUCCGCAAGUGGUACAUCAAUGUUCAUGGUCACAAUGAUGAGAAGGUCUUUGCCAACAUGAGCGAUCCGGCUGCUCUGAAGCUGGCAAGAGAAGCUCUAUUCAAGGAUGUAAACGCCGAGCAGAAACGUGGGAUGUUCACCAAGGCCACCACGGAUAAGCUGGUCUCUGAACUUGCUCGGGAUUGGGAGUCAACCAACUUUCUCCUUGAUUGGUACUGCCGUUAUGCUGACGUCCCUCGCCCAAUUGCAUUCAGUUCUGGUUGGAACAUUCAGACCAAGGUCGCAUUGGACGUUCUCCGCAACUCUCAGAAGGGUCUUCGCCUGCACAACGCCUUCGUUCACUGGCGCCAAUCGAGCAAGGAGAUCGGAUGUGGUAUUCUCUACUUCGUGAUUGCUCUUCUCGACAAAUGGGUUCAAUUGCUCAGUGGUGAUCGUAUUCUUGGUCUUACUGGCGCCGUGAACGAUGCGAACCGCAUGGCUGUUGGCUUCGCUCUUGCCUACUACCUGAUUGGAGCUGUUCUCAUUGAUACCAAAGCUCAGGAACUCCACGAUGCCCUUGGCAGCAAGGCUCCUACCACUGUCAAAUCUGCUAAGGACAUUCGCAUUGCCCAGAAGAAGGAUGUGCAGCUCCGCCGUAAGGUGUACUGGAGGGUUCUGCUCCGCUACCUCCUGUGGCACGUAUGGAGUCUGGCUUUGGCUACUGCUCUCAUUUGGACUUUCCAGGAAUCGCUCCAGGGAAUGAUCAUCUUCUUCUCCUACGUUCUAGCCUAUACUGGUCUGAUCUGGUAUCAAUACACCAAGAUCUUCACCGGUCCUCACGCGCUCAAGCCUCUCCUCACUGGUAUUUGCGUCGGACUGCCAGUUGGUAUCGCUCUCAAAGUUUGCCUGCCUCACUUCUUGUACUCUCAGAUCAUUGGCCUGGGAUCUGCUACUUGGACUGUCGCCUUCCUUUCUAUCUGGAACGCCAAGAUGGGAAUGCCUGAUAAGGUUGACUCUCCGGUCGAGCUUGGCCGGACCUUCCACGCCUUUACCACCCCUUGGUCCGAUCCUGAAUGGUCUCAGCAAGAACUCCAGACUUUCUUCGAGAACUACUCCCAGCUUCCAUCUGACUCCCGGUUCAAGCUCAAUCCUGCUGUCCACCCCGGUGUCGAGAUCAAGAGUGCUAUGACUUCUCGUCGAGAGGAACUCCGCAUCGAGGAGGCUUUCCCCGGCUCUAAGGAUGUCAUCAACACUGCGAUCUCCGCGUGGGAAAAGGGCGACGUUGUCAUCGAGCUUGUUCCAAUUGGUUCUCUCGGACCCGGCAUUCGCGCUUUGAGCUGCAGCACCGGUAACCAGCUGAAGCUUGCCAUCACUGUCGGAGGUCUUUUGGAUGAGCGUCUUGACAUCAGUGCCAAUUGCCAGGUCAUUGCUGAGACUUUGCUCCACGCUGUCACUGAACUCAUGAUGGGUGUUCCCCACGAAUACGCAUCAUUGGCGGGAUCGAUUGUCUCCGGCGGAGUCACGCACACCAUGGCCCGACAGCUUCGAGAGGAGGCCAAUACCUCCACUGUCGUUCGCUGGGCCAAGAAAGAGCUUCUCCGACAGCUCUGUCUUGGUUUCGAGGCUGAUAUUCACUGGGACAAGCUGCCUAACGAGGUUCGUGAUGUGCUACUCAAGCGUUGCUUAGGAGAACAAUGCAGUCUCUCCAACAGCCAGCGACAAUGGCUUCAGGAAAGCCUUUGCACAUUUGAUACCAAAGAUCUUGACAUCCAUGUUGCUCGUUGCAAUCUUGGAGCAGCCACCGCAAUUAGUGUCCUUGACUAUGCUCACUGGGGAACCGGAGAAGCAGCUCUUCCCAAGGAACCCGAGACCUCUGCAUAUAUCUCUUAUGUGCCUCGUAAGCUUCCACUUGUGCUGUCGGUUUUCAGAGAGCCCCUGAGCUACAUGUAUCACAAGCUGGGUUCAAUGGUCAAGUUCUUCGUCGUGGCUUUGGUCGCAGACCCUGAAUUCCAGAGGGAGUUCAACCAUGUCGUCCAGCCCCUCCCUACCGUUGUCCGCGUUCCCACUGUCUUCUUGUUGAACAUGCUCUGGGUUUACUCUAAGAUGGUUCAGGACCUUGGUUUGUCCUUCUUCCUAUUCCACGGUCGCCAGAACGUCAAGCGUCUGUGGGAAGAGACCAAGGGCAUGACGAUCCAUAUCAAGAAGAGCAGAGUAAUCGUUCAAAGUCUGGACGGUACUUUCACUGCAUUCCGGCACCACGAAAUUGACGGCGGCUUCAAGAUCUACCACUACGCAGGUGACCACAAGACCGAGCCCAAGGAGGUGAAGGCAUUGAAAUACGUCAGCACCUACUCUGGUGAGAUGUUGCUUCUUGUCAAACAGGAGUUCAAGGAUGGCAAGGUCACUAAUGAGUAUCACUACGACUACCAAUCCCCAACCAAGAAGGCCUUCAAGCUUGGCAGCAAGUCCUCGGCUCGCAUUCCUUUGGGACGUCGCUGCGUGUCUGGUACCAAUCACUUGCAGAGUGUUCAGUAUAACCGAAAGGGUCUCAUCGAAUCUGGUUCAUACAUGAAGGAUGGUAACUUGAUUCGCUUCAAGUACCACUACCGCAAGAACCCUCGCUUCGGUGAUGAGUUGCUCCGCGCUGAGUUCGUUCUGUCUCAUAUCAGCUGCACAGUGUCCUGGUGUGCGCCUCCCCGUCGUCACCCCGAGAAGGUUGAGCGUUGGAUUCCCCACUCCAAGGUCACAGAAGCCAGUUUCGUUCAAGGUGCCGAUGUUUAUGAGAGUCGCUGGUUGUACGAUCACAAGUUCCAUCCCACAAUCUUCACCACCAUCAACGGUCAAAAGGUCCAGACCCCUCCCAUGAUUGAGCACGAUUACCUGAGUGUCCUUGCCAAGCCGAAGUAUACCAGCUUUGUGCAUGACAACCCCUUCUUCUACUGUGACAGUCUUCAGUCAAACCUGCUCACUCGUACACUCGGAUUGACCAAGAAGCGCUUUGUGGUUUCAACUUCCCGUGCUCGCUCUCUCAUGUGGAAGGCCUGGAAGGACCGUGUUGAUUUCGACGCCAUCAUUGUUCGCUGGAUGGAUGACCGUAUCCUACGCAGAGACCGCGUCCUUGCUCCAUACUGGCGCAGUCGUGACUGGGGUAACCUUGGAUCUGCGAAGAAAUACAUGGAUCUCCGUGCCGAUGCUAUCAUGGCUAGUGCCGAUCUGGACGAUAACAUCUCUAGCUGGACUCCUCUCGCUGUGAAGAUCACCGAUUUGCUCAACUUUGGUCCUGGAGGUGAUGCAGUUGUGAACACUCGUUCUAAGAACUUCGGAACAGAUACUGACAAGACCCUCCACGUCAUGGCUGCUGACAAUGGUACCUGGCCGAAUGAAGGUGGUGGUGUCUCUGCCUGCCGACGAGACAUGAUCAACUCCCUGCGAACCAUCAAAUGGCACAUGAUUUGCGAGUCUGCAAACGACUUCGGUGUUCCCAAGCACCAGACUGAGCAGAACAUCCAGUCUCUCAAGCUGAUUCCGCUCUGGGGUAUGGAUUUCCUUACCCCAACUCACGGUUUGUUCCAUAACAAGCUGGACGCUGAGGUCGACAACGUGACUUCCGCCAGCGAGUUCGAUAUCAAAAUGAACUUCAUUCCUAUCCUGACAGCCUUGGUCAAGGGUGCACGUGCAAUCAAUCUCACGAAGGCCGAUAUCCAUCAGGCAACUCGUGCUUUGGUGAACCUCAAUACAUACUUCCAGGAAUCUCGUCAUUGGACCCAAGUGUGGAACAGUGAAACGGUCAAGCAGAGUUGGCGUGAACUGUGGCUCACCCAGGAGAUGUCAAAUGCGAUGCCAUCCUCAGAGUGGUUCGACACCGAACUUCCUACCUUGGCCGCCCUGGAUGUUGCCUUGGAGCUCUGGUACCGCUAUCUCUUCAUUUUCUCGAUCCCCGUCCCUGAGAAGAUCCCUUCGACCUUCCAAGCAUCCCACCACAGUGUCAGUGCAUCUUACGGUGUUGUUUGCAAGAUCAAACGUAAGUGUACUCUGCAGAUUUGGGAUCACGCUAUCAGUUGGCGUGAAACCAACCUGUGUCUGUCAUCUGCACUUUGCAAGCUCUCGCCAUUUGUUCGUAACUCGCUACUUGGACUGAUGCGCAUUACUUCCGUCCUGACUCUUCACCACGCGGAUAUCAUUCUUCCCUGUGCCGACUUCUUCAACCCCGGUUGGGAGGUCGAGAUUGGUACCUGCCAGGGUACAAUUGAGCACCGCAACGUUUUCCGUCGCAAGAUUGAUCCUGUAGUCAACGGUAUCACUGAUAUGCAGAAGUUCGCUCCUGUCAAGGAGAUCAAGUCUGAGCGCCCGACCGUUACCAUGUUGUCUCACGUCUGGUAUGCCAAGGAUAUCAAGAUCGCCCUUCUCGCUGCCGAUAUCAUCAUCAACCAGUGGAAGUUUGACGAUUACCACCUGGAUAUCUAUGGUGCGAUCGACAAAGCCCCAACUUACUCCACUGAAUGUCAAGAGAUUAUUGCAUCGAAGGGUCUCCGUGGCAAGGUCACACUGUGCGGAACUGCCGACCCCAUGAAGGUUCUCGAGAACACCUGGCUCUUCCUCAACUCAUCCCUGUCCGAAGUCUGCACAGAUGUCGGUGCCUCCCUCCGAGUUCUCAGUGACCCAGAUGACUUCUCCCGGUUCAGUGCCGUGGUGGCACCCAACGACGCCCUCAACCUCGCCAAGGCCCAGAUUGGCAUGCUUGCCAUGCUCGGUGAAUGGAGCAAAUAUAGUGAUGACACCGAGCCCGCGCCAGUCCUGACCAACUCCCCAACCGCAGAGGACGUGGCAGCAAUCACCCGCCGCAUGUACACAAAGAGCGAGCACCGCCGCAAACUCGGCAUGAUGACUCGGAAGAUCGUUCAGAAGUCUUUCAGUGGUGACCGUUACCUCCGUGAGCACGAGCAGAUGCUCUGGAUCGGCAAGUCCGCCAAGAUGAUGGCCAGCCGUGCUGCCGGUGAUCCCAUCGAGCCCGCCGACGUGGCAGCCGCCAUUGAAAACGGCGUCGAUGAAGAGAUCAUCACUAUCCCCCGCGGUGCUGUGCACUCAUGGCGCUCAUCUGCCGUGUCUGGCGUCUCUACGCUUUACAGCACUGUCUCUCAAGUCCCUGGUCGUGGUGGUUACCACCGUCCUAUGUCUGAUAUCUCGGCCAUGAGCAUGAGCAAUGUCUCUACGGAUACAGAGUCCUUCGCCCGUCUGCCCGUGUUCGCUCCUAGACAGUCUAUGAUGUCGAAUGUUAGCAACCCCGGCAACAGAUCUCCCAUGUGGGCUUCCAGCCAACGCCUCUCUGUCCUGGGCAGCCGCGCUCAUUCUCCCCGCCCUCAGUCCCACCAACGUUCUAUCUCCACCGCGGGUCGCGAACAAAUUCGCGGCUUGCAUCGCGAGGAUCUCGCUCCAUACCGUAAUUCGGAUGUCAGCGUCGUCAUGAGAGAUGAGUUUAUCCGCGCUGGCGGUUUGAACCCUCCUAGUGGCUAA